GUUCUUUUUGCGUCUUCCUCGUGUUUUGUACUUGUUUUUAGUGAUUUAGUCCGGAGUAUGGCUUGAUUCCAGCGUUAGCCCUUUUUAACCCCUGAGUGAUUUGACUUUCCGGAAUACCCGCAAGAGCUGGAACACAUUCUUUACCAAAAACACCGCUUUUCUACAUUUAAAGACAAGAUCGACCAUAUUCUUCCUUCUCCUUGCGAUAACCUUGAGAUAUACUCUCAGACGGCAGUCGGCCGUUUGUUGACAUUCAUUAUGGACAACCCCGAGUUGCGACAACGGAAACAACCACCGUCUACAAAUGGCGUGGAAGGACUGUACCAGCCCAACGAGUCGGAGCCCCGCCUAAAGCAUGGAAUCCCCAUGCAAAUCGUCCGAUCACUUCUUCUGGCAACAUUUUUCAAUUGUUGCGCUGUGGUCACCGUCGUGACUCAACUGCUUGGAACGCCGUUAUACGUGAUAAACAAAGACUGGUACUAUUUGUAUAUGGCGAUGACCAAGCAAGCCUUUGGCUUGGUGAUUAGCUUUCUUACUGAGUGGGGUUGUCCAACUCCGGUUCGAGUCUGCGGCGAUGCGAGUGUGCGAGGCCAGAUUCACUUAAUGGAAGAUGGGCGGUUGAAGACACAAUUCUCAGAACGUAUGGUAUUAGUCGCCAACCACCAGGUUUACACGGAUUGGAUCUAUAUAUGGUGGCUUGCCUACACCAACGUGAUGCACGGCCGAAUGUUCAUCAUUCUCAAGGAAUCCCUCAAGUAUAUUCCGGUCCUUGGUCAGGGCAUGAUGUUCUACGGCUUCAUUUUCAUGGCUCGAAAGUGGCUCUCUGAUAAGCCACGACUUCAGCAUCGAUUGGAAAAGCUUAAGACCAAGCACGAAGGUUCCAAGUCCGAAGAUCCGGAGUACGAUCCCAUGUGGCUAUUGAUCUUUCCCGAAGGGACGAAUCUAUCCAUUAACACCAAGCGCCGUAGCGACGCAUAUGGGGAGAAAGUAGGAAUUCCGCCUCUGCGACAUGCAUUGCUUCCACGGUCGACCGGUCUUCUCUUCUGUUUGCAGCAAUUGAAGGGAACUGUGGACUGGGUGUACGACUGCACGGUAGCUUAUGAAGGGCCUCCAAGAGGAAGCUACCCCGAUAAAUACUUUACACUCCGAUCAACAUGCUUGCAAGGACGGCCACCAAAAUGCGUCAACAUGCACUGGAGGCGGUAUCGAGUCUCUGAGAUUCCGUUAGAUGACCAGAAGGAUUUCGAGAAAUGGCUUCUGGCACGGUGGACGGAGAAGGACCAACUGCUUGAAGAGUGCUAUGAAACCGGUCGAUUUCCUACAGACUUAGCUGGAACCAUUGAAACCGGGUACGGGUCUGAGAAGCAGAAAAUUGCUGCUUCCAACGGAUAUGCCGAGACCUCUGUCCGAUUGGGCCACUGGACUGAACUUCUACAGAUAUUUGGAGUGUUAUUUGGCGUUGCUUGCUUGUGCACAUUGCCGGGCCUUUUGGGGAUUUGGUGACUGAUGUGAUGUCUGACGAGGCCAUGCUAUUGCUAUACCCUUGGUUGUUAUCAUUAUAAUUAUUCUUGUUGUUAUUAUUAGCGCAUGAGAAAUGCACACGAGACGAGACGAGAUGGCGUUAAUAAUGACCUUGCUUUGUUGAGCCGAAUAGCUCGACUCCAUCCUUCAAUUCUUUGAUGCCGUCUGUAUACUGUUAGAUUUUCCAAAACGAG